GUUCUUUUUUUUUUCCAUCUCUUUUCCUGCUGAGCGAUUGCAAAAAGGAGCUUUUACGCUUCUGUUCAGCUGCGCUUCGCCCUUAAACGUCUAUUCAUCCCACCGUCACUGCUUCCUAUUUUGCGCUCUGGAGUGAACCAAAAAAAUAAAUAAAAGGCGGUAGAUCGUGUAACCCAGCAGCAGCAGCAUCAUCAUCAUCAUCGCUGAAAGGUAGGGAAGGCUGAACCGAAGUCCUUGUCAAGAGGGAGACAAUAAUCAUUCCUGUUGUGAUUUCAAUGGUUCAGCAAUGGUGUAUACAACAUUCUGUUUGUGGUACAUCUUGAAAAGUUUCCAUUAGAAAUGAUUUUUUUUCAAUCAGUCAGUCAGGACCUGACUGGAUAAAUAUGGGAUGUGCCUCAGCUAAGCAUGUAUCUACAGUACAAAACGAGGAGGAUACACAAAACGGCAAGAACUACCAAAACGGAGAUGCCUUUUGUGAUGAAUACAGAUUCAAACCAGUUGAAGAAGUCAAAUACAUGAAAAAUGGGGAGGAAGAGGAACAGAAAAUAGUAACCAGGAACCAAGAAAACCUGGAGAAAAGUGCCACUCAUAAUAUUCAUCCUAAAAACAAUAAUGAAGCGCAAGGAGCAGGGUAUCCGCAUCGAAUAAAUAUACACAUUUCUGAAAGUCAACAAGAGUUUUUCAGACUGUUGGAUGAAAAAAUUGAAAAGGGGAAUGAUUACUGCUCAGAAGAGGAGGACAUUACAUGAACGCUACCUCCUGUGAAUAGUGUGUAAAUAUAUUUUAUGAUGUAUUCCUCACUGGAUAUUUUCUACUGGACUGUGUAUGAAAAGAAGAUCCAAAAGGCAAAUCCUUGAAAUGUAGUGUUCAAAGAGGACUACUGAACUAAAAUCAUUUAGCUGAAGACUACAAUACUGUAUCCUUGCACAUGCUUAUAAUUAUUUCAAUCAUGCCUGACUGUCAUCUGAAAGAAGCUGGUGUAUUAUUGUAAGAGAUUUUAAUGCUUCCAGAUUUAAAAUGCUUCCAUUAUUUAGUUCCUUUUAGCCCAUUGAAUGGUUAGAGCACACUGCACUGUGAGUUUUGUGCUUGAGAAACUAGAGAAAGAAGCGGCAGAGCUGAAUGUUGAU